AUGUAUGUCAAGAGUAAUUUUAUUCGUUAUGAUGCAGAUUUGAAGUUAGAUAUAAGAGUCGAUUUGAGUCUUACGAUUGAUGGGGAAUUUAUUAUCUAUUUUUGGCCUCCUGUGAUGACAGAGCUCUGCCGGUUUAGUGGAGCCAAGAUAUACCAGGAGGGGAUCAGAUUUGUUCGUGCAGAUUCUCAGGUGUUCCUGUUUGUGAACUCAAAAUGCAAGAGGUACUUCCACAACAGGUUGAAGCCAUCCAAACUUACUUGGACGGCUAUGUACAGGAAGCAGCAUAAGAAGGAUGCCGCUCAAGAGGCAGUAAAACUGAGGCGUCUUGCUACCAAAAAACUUUACUCUUGGUCAAUUGUGGGAGCAACCUUGGAGGUAAUCCAGAAGAGAAGGACUAAAAAGCCAGAAGUCCGGGAUGCUGCAAGAGAAGCUGCAUGCGUGAAAUCAAGGAAAGGAUUAAGAAAACUAAAGAUGAAAAGAAGGUGAAGAAGGCAGAAGUGAUGGCCAAAACUCAGAAGAGUUCAGGCAGAAGCAAUGUGCCCAAGGGCGCAACAAGUAGGGAGCUAAACUCGGCGGCGGCGGUGGCAAGAGUUGAGAUUUAGUUUCAUCCUUGUUCUAUAAGUCCUACAUCAGGAUGUGUUUCUGCAUUUAUUUUAUCAUCUUCAUCCUAUCAGAGGUUUGAAUCAAGAAGGUUCCUGGUUCGUACUGCACUUUAUACUAUGUGAAGCUACAUUUCUACAUAGCAUUGUCAUUGUCCUAGCAAGGACUCGAAAAUAUAGUAAAUUUUAAACUUUGCUAAUUGUAUGCGUUUUGGGCCCAUAUUUAUGCUUUGGCCUAGCAUGCAAAUUUUUUA